UAGUAUUAGAGAUUGGAGAUUAGAGGAGAUGAAAAAUGAAAUGAAUGGAUAAAGUUUUGGAAUUUCACACAAGCCUGCCUCUCCUUCGCCAACUAGUAGUUCUUUACCUGGACGAGGGCGAAGAUGAUCGAAUACCAGCAUGAUGCGGUUAGACCACCGUUGUUUCAUGAUGUCGACGGGGUCUGCCUCUCGUAUCUCGCAGCAGCACUUCCAAAUGGGCUUAGGGUUUUAUUCUAGAACGUCUCAUCUUUCCUCUUUUACUGUGAAACCCAGUUCUGGGUUGCUCGUGUCUCAUGCCCAUCGAGUGCAGCAGCGAAUGAUUACUUCCACCGGUGAUUUCCGUCUUCCUGUUGGCUGUCUUCAGUGCAAGUCGCCGCGAGAAAUUCCCUUUCUUUCCGACAGUUCGAGUCAACAGGAAGAUGAUCUAGAGCUUCAUUCUGAAGGAUUGCCCUCCGUUAGAGGAGGAAUAGUUGCGCUUGGAAAAUUUGAUGCCCUUCACAUUGGUCACCGAGAACUUGCAAUUCAAGCAUCCAAAAUUGGACCUCCAUUUCUCCUGUCAUUUGUAGGCAUGGCAGAGGUACUUGGUUGGGAAUCCAGGGCCCCAAUAGUUGCCAAAUGUGAUCGGAGACGGGUUCUUUCCUCAUGGGCCUCGUAUUGCGGCGGUGUGGUUCCAGGGGAGUUCGAAGUUGAAUUUUCAACUGUUCGACAUUUAACACCCCGUCAAUUCAUUGAGAAGUUAUCAAAGGAGUUUGGAAUACGUGGGCUUGUAGCAGGUCAAAACUAUCGGUUUGGAUAUAAAGCUGCUGGUGAUGCAUCAGAGCUGGUGAGGCUGUGCAAGGAGUAUGGUCUGGGGGCUUACAUUAUAAAUUCUGUUAUGGACAAGUAUCAAGACUCAAAAAAUAGAGGCUUUGUGGAUUCCAAGGAGAGGGGACAAGUUUCAUCUACUCGAGUUCGCUAUGCUCUCGCCAAGGGAGAUAUGAGAUAUGUUUCAGAGCUUUUAGGCCGGCGACAUCGUCUUAUGUUAGUCUUCAAAGACGAGGAAGGAUUUACUUACAGGAAACAUAGCUUAUCAGCUCCUAAAACCUGUUUGUUAAACCAACCACCUAGUAAUAAUUUUUAUGAGAACUGUUCUCUUUUGGUUGCUGGCAAGACAAUAGGACCAUGCGGAGUAACAAUUGGUACAACUCAAAUUCAUUUGGAAUCAGAUAACAUUGAUAGUUGCAUUCCUGUAAUUUCUCAGGAUUCCAGUGUCUUGGGUAUUGAAUUUAGUGAUUUGAGGAUUUGAUGGCAUUGAA